CAACGAGCCUGCGGGCCCUCUGAGGGGGAAAGAAGAAAAAAACCUCCCUUUCUCUUUCUCUCUCUAGAAUCUUUAGAAUCUUUUCCUCAGCUUUCUCUCUCCACUGCAACGACAAUGGCGACAUCAUCGAGAACGAGAUCGAGCGGUCCAGUUCUUCCGGUCACCAGAGCUUUCCAAAGAUCGACAUCUCCCUCAGGUAGAUUUUGCUCUUCGCCAUCUGAUUCAUCGGCGGCGGCGGCGGCAGCAUCUGCUUUCGCUUCAUCGACCUCCAGUUUCUCUUCUGCAUCCACUGGAUUCUUCCACCGAUCCGCUUCUCCGACGCGCGUAAAUCUCUAUGGGUCCACGCCGCUGGCUUCAUCCGUACGAUUCUCUAUCGACCGAUCCAUCUCUCCUAGCCGUUCGAUUGCGGUUCCCCGGCGCGAUCAGAUCGUCCGUAAGUCCACUCCUAAGAAGAGGUGUAUGUGCUCUCCGACGACGCAUCCCGGCUCCUUCCGAUGCAGUCUGCACAAGAACUUCAACAAUAGUUCUCACACGAUCUCAUAUUCGUCGAAUCGGUUGAACGCUCGGAGAUCUGCCAUGACGAACUCACUGGUUCGUAUCGGCACCGUUGAAGGAGAUCUGGUUAAGCGAGCAUUAGCCGCACUGAUUCGUCCUUCUUCGCACCAACAGAGGCGAAGAGCUGCCUUUCAACCUCGGCCUAGUCGCCUCUCGAUUAUGUCUAAAGCCGAGGAUCUGUAAACGGUGAUCAGGUUGGUUCUUAUUUUUUCCGAUCUAUAACCUUUUCUAUUUUAGAGUUUGCGGCGAUGAUAUGAGAUUCCGGCGAGUGAGUUCGUUGUUGAGAUCGGUGGCGGAAGGCUGCUAUCAGUCGAGUUUGGAUUUGAAGAGGAGGAAGCUGUGGCUUAGCUGAGCCGAGCCGAGCAGCAUACUACCUUAGAGGCUUCGUAACCAAGAUUUUUGUUUCGGGAGGCGACGGAGAUUAACCCUCCUUGUACAUAUCAUAUGCAAGCCAUUACUGGCUAUUGAAGGACGUUUUUGGACAUUAAAUAUAUUUCAUUCAUUCAGAAACUACAACUGAAUUAAUCUAAAAACCAAAGCCCUAAUUAAUGUGUGUCCCACUUGGUUUGGUUUGGAAUGGUUUGGCUUAGCAGUUGAGCAUUGUUCAUUUAGAGACAUGGCGUUGAGGUACAUUUUUCGUUGUGGUUUGCAGCGUUGGGAUAUGCGUUAUGUUUGCCGUUAACCAGCCCGUCCGUUUCGUUCCCGUUCACCGUAUAUGCGUGACGUAUUUGUAUUCGCCUUAUACGUAUACCGGUUUGCGUUGCUUUUGGUGUAAGGUAUUCUCCGUUUGAUAA